AUGCAUUCGUUCGUUACCUACACUCUUUUGGCUUCGGCCUCUAUGGUGGCUGCCCUCGACCCCCGAUUCGAGUUCCCCGACACUGUUCCUGCUCUGCUCAAGCGUCAGGCCCCUGGCACCCCUCAGUAUGCCUGCCACGAGGACUGUGGUCUCUUGAUCACUCUUGGCCGCGAGGAGGGCUACUGUGACAACGACGAGUGGAACGAGCGCUACGGACGUUGCAUGAUCUGCGCCAACACCUACAACAUCUGGCAGUACUACCGCAACGGUGUCACCAGCGCCGCUGAGGAGUGUGGUCUCUCGCCUACCCCCAGCGCCUCUGGCUCUUCGGCUGCCGCUACCACUGCCGAGGAGGAGGAGCCCGCUUCCACCGCUGCCGCUCAGCCCUCUACCACCCAGGCCCAGGAGCCCGCGACCACCGCCGAUGAGGAGGAGGAGCAGACCACUGCGGCUGGCCAGCCUUCUACCACUGCCGCCGCUGAGGAGACUGACGACUCUACCCCCGAGGCUACCACCACUGGUGCCGCCCCCGAGCAGACUGAUGACUCCGAGACCACUGCUGGCUCCUCCACCGCCACUACCCUCACCACUGCCGCCACCCCUGCUACCGAGUCCACCGACGCCGGCUCCGCUGGCACCAAGACCUCGGUUGACGAGAUCGGCACCAUCGGUGUCACUGGCACCCCCGCACCCACCACGGUCAUUGUUAACGCUGGUGCCAAGCACUUCGGUCUCGCUACCGCCGUUACUGUUGCCGCCCUGGCCAUGCUUGGUCUUUACUAA